UUGGCGAAGUAAAAUUGACAAAAAAAUAUAAUUACACAAAUCGAAAAUUUACAAUGAACAGCUGUCCUUAUUUGGAAGGAAAAUGACAUAGUUGAUAUUAUAACAGUGUAUUUGUUUUGCUCAUUGAAGUUAUAGUGGUCGUGAUAUCCAUAAUAAAAUAAGGUCGUGAUAAAAGAAGUACAAGUUGAAAUGUCGAUACCACCUCUGGUUUGUAGCAGUCCACCACCACCCGAGCAGUGCGAAGACGACAAGGAGCCCGAAGACUACGAUUUCCAGUAUAAUUCUCAACCCGAUGAUGAUGAAGAUAGUGCUAGUUAUAAUUAUGUCAAUUUUUCUUCCAAUACAAUAUAUAAAACACAAACAGAAAGCAUACAGGACUUGAAAUUAAGUGAAAACCUAAAUGUUGAAAUAGAAAAUAUUCCCCCAUCGUCUCCAGGAAGUGAACCCAAAAUGAACAGCUCUGUGCCUCCUCUGAGUGAUGAUUCCGAGAAAAACUCAUAUCUCCAAGAAGAUUGUGUCCUUGAAGAUUUAAAUCUGGAAUUAACAACAGAGAGCUUACAUAUGCACACAGAUGAUAAAAGUGCAGAGAUUCCUAAGUUAAAUGAAAAUGACUCCAGUGUGUUACACAUACAAGACGCUGGUGGAACAGAUGACGAUAUUGAAAAUGUCCAAAUUAAAAGUUUGUCACAGGAACCAAGUGAAAAUUAUGAUUUAAAUGCUCUGGAUAACUCGUCUGGAGAUAUUUCAUUCAAUGAUAAUGAUGAUAUUAAGAAGUUAGAUGAGGUUUUACCGAUAGAUGUUAAAGAUGAAAUAGAAAAAAUUAAUGAAGAAAUCAAAGCAACUGCUAGUCAAUUUGUUGUCAACAAAGUAGACCCUGUAGAUGAGGAUGACUUUGGGGAUUUUGAUAGUUUUCAAUUUACAGAUACAAAAACACAAUCAGAGUCUAUUUUAAAUGUAGAGAAUCCGUGGGACAGCAACACAGAUGCAGAAGGCUUUGGGGAUUUCACUGCCAAUUUUGACAACAGUGAACCCAUAGCAGCAGAGGUAACUGAGGAAGAAAUUAGUGAAGAAAGUGCAACAAAAAACAUUUCAGAAAAUUUAGGAAGCUAUGAUGAUAAUAAUGAUGAUGACUUUGGUGACUUUGACGACUUUAAAUCUUCAGAAAAAGCUGAUACAGCUAUAGCACCUGAUGUUAUGCCCCAUUCAAGUGUACUCGACUUUCCAACUUCAGACAAUGAAGUGCAAAUCAUGGAGAAUAUCAACAAGGUGCUAGCAACAAUAUUCCCUGAGGAAGUGUCUGAGCCCAGUGAAAUGCUAGAAGCGAAUAUAGACAAAAGUCUGGGUGAGAUCUGGGGCCACCUUGUGGACACGGACAUCCGUCAACCGUACAUGGUCAGUUGGAACAACACACUGGGGCAGAAGAGCCUUUUGAAGGCUUUGUGUAUAGAUUCUCGAAAUAUUCUGUUUGGUACAAGAUGGAACUACAACAUGCCGAAGUUUGCAGCCAACUUGAGUGCGUCACCUCUCCAGCCUCAGAAGCCGGUGCAAUCCAACCCGGAGAGCUCAGAGCAGCCUGCAGACAAGGAGAGCACAUGGGUUGAUCCCUUCACCCCCCACGGCCAGGAAUACACUUACGCAGAAGCGCUACUCCUAGACCUAGAACACCUAAUGGCCACUCUAGACCAAAUGGCUCAUAAACACUCCACACUUAAAAUAUCAGAUUUACUCUCACAUGCGUGCAGCCCCGAAAGCGAGGUUCCUGCCGCGGAGGUCAAACCUAAUGUUUUGGACGGUUUCACCAGUGAACUACCGGCCACCAGCAGCAAAAUAUACUCCAGCUCGCUGAGCGUCCAGCCCAUACGGCAGAUCAGCCUCCCCGACACACACAUCUUCACUCCCACAGACUCCGAGACGCCAAGAUCUAAAACCAUCCACUACGACAACACUACACUAGGAGUCGGUUUCGACGCAGAAAUAGUGAAUCAAAAGCUCGAAACGACUCACAUAACAAGCCCAGAGAAAGACGAGUACUGGGACUUUCAACAUUUCAAAGGAGCCGCGAGUGCCGUUCCAAACGAUGAAUCUAAAAAUACUCCUGAAGCACCAAAAGACUCAAGUGAAAAGACAUUCGGAACGGCGAUACUGCAGCCCAUCAAGAUGGAGCCGAUAAUGCCGACGCUGAACUGGCCGGACCCCGGUGAAGUUAAAGAGACCUUUAUGGACUUCUCCGACUUUAUAUCGAGUACGACUGUUAGCAGUAAUCCUCAAGAUCUCAAACCCUCCGACAAUAAGGUGCCAGUGCAAAGAGUCGACGACAAGGUUCAAAAGGACGAGGCGAUCGUUGAGAACGACGACGAUUUCGAAACGUUCCAGUCGGCGCCGCCCGCGAAUCAUUCCAUUGGCUUCGCGAACAUUCCAGAAACGAGUAGUCAAAUUAGCAGCUUAGAAUUACCCACUCGAUUAGAAAGUAGAACAGACGCUAACUCCAAACCGAGUGAGAUUUCUUCGAGUAUAGACUCCGCCUUCAGAUCAGAAACAAAUCACAAAAGUUUUUCGCCGCAAAUCCUGGCGCCUGUUCCGGCGCAAGUUAGUUCUCUGCCGGUGUUGCAGCCGUCGCCUGUAAACAGGAGUCAGCAGAGCUCCGGGCAGAUCCUGCAACCUUUAUCCUUGGAGGGUUUCUCGCAGAUCAACUGGCCGAACCCCGGCAUAGACCUGCACGAUCUGUCCAAGUUCAACCCCAUAGAGAGCGUGCACUCUCUCAAGAGCGACUCCAGCAGCAGCCAGAGCAAGCUGUCGACGCCCGUCCACAGCAGGAGCGAGCCGGACGACGACUGGGGUGACUUCGUGUCCAGCGCACCCAAACCCGCCACGCCCAAGAAAACGGCCACUUUCAGUGACGACGACGAGUGGACGGACUUCGUAUCCAGCACCAGCGUCAAACCCAACGGCCUAAACACCAUUAGUUUUAACGUGCAAUCGAAUCUUAACCACCAGAAAUCCAAUCACGUGAAGUACCCAAAAAGUAAUCAAAUAAGCCUGGAUAUUCCGACAUUGAACUACAUCACGCCCAAAGCCGCGGGUCGGGGGUACGCGGACAAACACUUCCAGAACUUAUAACACAGCGGUUGUGUGGCUGUACUUAACUAGUGUACUGUAAAUAUGGUGGUGGGUAAUAUUACGAGCCCAAGUAGUCCGGGUCACGUGAUCAGCUUCGAUUUGUUUAUCAUUUUUAUCUAUAUGUGGGAUGAGCGUAGGACAUAAUAUUGAUAUGGUUCUUGAUACAAAAAGAAAUGGAAUAACCACAAAACCGCUAAAUAGAACAUGCAAAAUAUAUAAGUGGUCAAGUUUUCAACUACAUCUGACUACCAUAGAAACGCUUUGGUGUCUACCUUCUCGAAAAUUAUAUUUAUACUUCCGUAUGAAGAAACUACGUCCUAGAGUCUAGCAUCUAACGUCCGAGUCCUAUGUCCGUGUUGGUAAAAAAUAAAGAGCUAAUCACGUGACCUGGUUUACUAAGAGUAAGUAGAUUAAAGUUGUUUGUAUUAUACCUACUGAAUACCAAUUCAGCCUUAUUAAUAAAGGGGGAAAAAGACGAAACUAACUAUUAUUAUAAUUUAUAUUGCUAUCUUUGUUUUAUCAAUUGAGAAUCGUUUGGUAGACAAUCACAGCUAUUAUAUAAAUUAGUCGGUCUUUAUCUUACUUUAUAAUUAAGGCUCAUAUAGUUUAGUCAUAUUAUAAUAAUUAUUGUUUUGUUCUGUAUAUUUGAUUAUUAUUAUUAAGUUGAAUCGCCCGUCCCGUAUGUAUUAUUAAUUUUAAUUAUUUAUUCGUGUGUAAAUAUCAUCUCAAUACUGCAUUUGUAUUGGUUAGCUUAAUUUGUUUGAAAGCAAUAUUUAUUGUUUAAAUAUUAUCUAAUUUUU